CGCGCCGGGCAGGCGUUCAGUGAAGCGCGGCCACGCCUGGGCCGGCCACCAUUUCCCGGGCGCCGCGGCGGCGCCGACUCGCGGGCAGCGGCCCCUCUGUGCGCCCAGCCGGGCCCCCGAACGCCGGGAGCAUGAGCGCGGGCUCGGAGCGCGGGGCGGCGGCAACCCCUGGGGGUUUGCCCGCGCCCUGCGCCUCGAAGGUGGAGCUGCGGCUCAGCUGCCGGCACUUGCUGGACCGCGACCCGCUCACCAAGUCCGACCCCAGCGUGGCGUUGCUGCAGCAGGCGCAGGGCCAGUGGGUGCAGGUGGGCAGAACCGAGGUGGUCCGGAGCAGCCUGCAUCCCGUGUUCUCCAAGGUCUUCACGGUGGACUACUAUUUCGAGGAGGUGCAGAGGCUGCGUUUUGAGGUGUACGACACGCAUGGGCCCAGCGGCUUCAGCUGUCAGGAGGACGACUUCCUGGGGGGCAUGGAGUGCACCCUGGGGCAGAUUGUGGCCCAGAAAAAGGUGACCCGCCCGCUGCUGCUCAAGUUUGGCAGGAACGCCGGCAAGUCCACCAUCACGGUGAUCGCUGAGGACAUCUCAGGGAACAACGGCUACGUGGAACUCUCCUUUCGAGCCAGGAAGCUGGACGACAAGGACCUCUUCAGCAAGUCCGACCCCUUCCUGGAGCUCUACCGGGUCAACGACGACCAGGGCUUGCAGCUGGUGUACAGGACGGAGGUGGUGAAGAACAACCUGAACCCGGUGUGGGAGCCCUUCAAAGUCUCACUGAGUUCCCUCUGCAGCUGCGAGGAGACAAGGCCUCUAAAGUGCCUGGUCUGGGAUUACGACUCUCGAGGAAAGCACGACUUCAUCGGAGAAUUCUCCACCACCUUCAAGGAGAUGCAGAAGGCCUUUGGGGAGGGGCAGGCCCAGUGGGACUGUGUGAACCCCAAAUACAAGCAGAAGAGACGUAGUUAUAAGAACUCAGGAGUGGUCGUCCUGGCUGACCUCAAGUUCCACAGGGUGUACUCCUUCCUGGACUAUAUCAUGGGCGGCUGCCAGAUCCACUUCACCGUGGCCAUUGACUUCACCGCCUCCAACGGAGACCCGAGGAACAGCUGCUCCCUGCACUACAUCAACCCCUACCAGCCCAAUGAGUACCUGAAGGCACUGGUGUCUGUCGGCGAGAUCUGCCAGGACUAUGACAGCGACAAGAGGUUUUCCGCUCUGGGGUUUGGAGCCCGGAUCCCUCCAAAGUAUGAGGUGUCCCAUGACUUUGCCAUCAAUUUCAACCCUGAGGACGAUGAGUGUGAAGGCAUCCAGGGCGUGGUGGAGGCCUACCAGAACUGCCUGCCCAGGGUCCAGCUCUACGGCCCCACCAACGUGGCGCCCAUCAUCUCCAAGGUGGCACGCGUGGCGGCGGCCGAGGAGAGCAGCGGGGAAGCCUCUCAAUACUACAUCCUGCUGAUCCUGACGGACGGCGUGGUGACCGACAUGGCCGACACACGGGAGGCCAUCGUGCGUGCCUCACGCCUGCCCAUGUCCAUCAUCAUCGUGGGCGUGGGCAACGCCGACUUCACCGACAUGCAGGUCCUGGAUGGCGACGACGGCGUCCUGCGCUCCCUGCGGGGUGAGCCUGCGCUCCGGGACAUCGUACAGUUCGUGCCCUUCCGGGAGCUCAAGAACGCAUCCCCUGCAGCGCUGGCCAAGUGCGUGCUGGCCGAGGUCCCGAAGCAGGUGGUGGAGUACUACAGCCACAGAGGCCUGCCCCCGAGAGGCCUGGGCGUCCCUGCCGGAGAGGCCAGCCCAGGCUGUACCCCGUGAAGACGUGGAGGGCGUGGGGAGGGGCAGUGAGGAGUGGGUCCGUAGAGCCUUGGUCUCCAGCACGCUUGGGGUCCCUUAAGCUCCCUCCAACCUCCCAGAAGCCUCCAGGCGCCACCAGGCCCCACUCCCAGUCCUCCUGGGAUCCUGCUGGCUUGGGCCCGGCUCUGUGGCCCCCAAGGCCGAAGGGUGACAAAAUACAGGCCCCCAUGCCUGGCCGUGCCUGAGUCAGGUGGGUGGAGGGAGGGAGAUCAUGAGGGACUUGGAGGGGCCUGGGAGUUCAUCCAGGGGAGACCCUGCCCCGAUGAGAAGGGGCAGGGACUGGGGGC